UCUAUGUCGUAAAGCAGUUUGUAAAUUACAGUCACAAUUUGUACAAUAAUAUUGGGAAGAAGCUUGUUUUUACGCCUUAAAAAUUAGGAUUACAACGGGAAAACGUUUGUAUUGCGAUUAUUGUUUAUUGUAGAGAUUCAGUCUAACAGCUAUGCGAGUGUUGAGGGUAAUUGUGGCGCUUUAGAGUUUGGUUUCAUUGCGAAUGUUGAAGUUCUGUGUACCGGGUGCUUUCUGUCGCGGUACUACAAGCUACCGAUAGCUCGGGGAUCUCUGACUAAAACUAAAUCCACACCUAACGCAAACCGUAUGUUCGCUAGAUAAAAAUAAACGCAAUAUACUGCAAUCUGAACCUUAAAAUCUGUUCAAAUUGCCUGAUACAACAAAUAUGGUAAAGUUAGCUAGUAUAUAUUAACCCGGCUCCAAAUGGAAAUAGCUGAAGUUACUUUUACCAAGCUCGCUAAUGUAGCUAGCACUAACUAGCGUUGUUUGUCUACGCUAUUUGUUCGACUGGAUAGUCUGCUAAAUUUAGAAGUAGCCUACAUUGUGACAACUGCACUGGAUGUAACAGUAAUCAGCAUAUAAAUCAAACUAUAAAGUUAAAAUCUUUUGAAAUAACAGGGCACUAAUCUAAAUAGGUACAAUGAAAGGCGUAAUCUUGAUAUGUUUUAAACGUAGGAAAAACAGUACCGUCUUCCUUAGAUAGCAAGGAAACAGUGCAGAAUAGUUCCACUGCCUACAAUAACAGAAAGAUUUACUGUUGUUAAAAUAUGACAUCCUCGUCUGAGCCUUUAAAGAAGAAACUACGGUUGGAGGGUGCCGGACCAUCUGUCAGUGGCAGCACGAAGAACUGCAGUCAGCAGUGUGGACGCUCUGUCAGAGAUAACAAAAAGAAGACUUCUCCGACUUCUACAAACAAAAUGGAGGAAAUCACAGAAAAAAUGUGUUCAUUAUGUAGUGGUGGGAAGCAUGCAGAGAGUAGGAGUAACACAGCUGGGAAAAGGAGAGUGGUUUUCCCUGCCCUGUUCCCUGAGAGGAAGCCUGAUGGGGAACCACGGGACAGUGAAGACCGAGGAAUGGCAGAACACUUACAGGCCCUUCCUUCUGGGGGGAGCGCCACGCUGGAGGGGCCACAGGUGGAGGUGGGCUCCUCAGGGCUGGAGGGACCACAGGUGGAGGUGGGCUCUUCAGGGCUGGAGGGGCCACAGGUGGAGGUGGGCUCUUCAGGGCUGGAGGGGCCACAGGUGGAGGUGGGCUCUUCAGGGCAGUGUUCAGCCAGAGCUACCAGCUCCUCACCCGGCAAAUGGAAACCCGUCAGGCUGAGCGUGUCGGCUGUGCAGGAUGUUGAAAUGCAGAGUGUGGAGGACACUGCCACAGCUGCCACACACCAGGCCACAGGCUGCGUGCCAGCGAGGCACCCCAGGGGCUCCAAGCACAGUGGUGGGAGGGAGAGUGUCGAUCAUUCCACAAGCAGCUCGAAAAAUCCAGAAGCAGCUGGAUUGUUGUCCACCCCACAGACCAGGCCUGACGAAGGUCAGAAGUCCCAAACACCGAGCCCGUCUCCUAGUGUGCAGGUUCCAGUGCAGGGGAGAGGAGAGAGUUGGUGGAUGGCGACGCCCAUCUCUGAGCUGAGGAGGGCACCAGGCUGCAGCCUGGCUCUGCCCCCACUGAGGGCUUCCCGCAAUCACACCAUCACAAUCAGAACAGACCUCUUACGGGAAGGACAGCCCCCUGUCCCGUUCCCCUUCAAGUUCAAAGAUGCAUGGGAUGACGUGACAGUCAAGAUGCCCUGUUCAGAGUGGAACCUGUUUCCUGGAGGAAGUGAGGGAAGCGGGGUGCAGAGCCGAUGGGACCUGAUCCGGACGUCUUUGGAAACCGAGUUUGACAGUUCAGUGGAUGUGCAGAAUGCAAUACUGCGAUAUAAUACUGCUCAUGCCAAGAGAUGGGACUUUACUGCGCUGAACUACCUGUGCACUGAGGGUCUGGAGGAUGUUGAAGUAGAGCAUCUGUUUGAGUCCAUCCUGCCGUGCAUGGUGCAGUUAGCGGUGAAGGCGCCUAGCCUGUGUACUGACCCGAUACCUCUGCUGAAGCAGAAGAUGAAUCACUCCAUCACCAUGUCACAGGAGCAGAUCGCCUGCCUGCUGGCCAAUGCCUUCUUCUGCACUUUCCCUCGGCGCAACUCCAGGAAGUCCGAGUAUUCAAAUUACCCAGAAAUCAAUUUCUACAGGCUAUUUGAAGGUUCUUCACACAGGAAGACUGAGAAACUGAAAACGCUUCUGUGCUACUUCAGAAGAGUCACUGAAAAAAAACCCACUGGCCUGGUGACAUUCACAAGACAAUCUUUGAACAGCUUUCCAAAAUGGGAAAGUUCUGAGACUCUGCUCACACGACUUCACAUCACCUGUGAAGGGACCAUUGAAGAUCAGGGCUAUGGAAUGCUUCAGGUGGACUUUGCCAACAGGCUGGUGGGAGGGGGUGUAAUGGGCCAGGGCCUGGUUCAGGAGGAGAUCCGCUUCCUCAUCAACCCCGAGCUCAUCGUAGCGCGCCUGUUCACCGAGGCUCUUCACCAUAACGAGUGCCUCAUCAUUACAGGUACGGAGCAGUACAGUAAAUACACUGGUUAUGCGGAGAGCUAUAAAUGGAUGCACAGCCAUAAAGAUGAGACCCCAAGAGACGGCUGGCACAGGAAGUGCACAGAAAUCGUUGCUUUGGACGCGCUCAAUUUCAGCCACUUCCUGGACCAGUUUCACCCUGCGAAGAUGAACAGGGAACUCAACAAGGCUUACUGUGGCUUCCUGCGUCCGGGAGUGCCCAGGCAGAACCUCAGCGCCGUGGCAACGGGGAACUGGGGGUGCGGAGCGUUUGGAGGAGACACGCGUCUGAAGGCCCUGCUCCAGGUCCUGGCGGCCGCGGAAACGGGGCGGGACGUGGCGUACUUCACCUUCGGCGACCGGGAGCUCAUGAGGGAUGUGAGAGACAUGCACGCCUUCCUCACGGACAGGCUCGUCAGCGUGGGCUGUGUGUACAGGAUCCUGCAGCAGUACUACCACAGUGUGUGUAAGACCUGUCACUGUUCACGGCCGGAUGUCAGCCUGUAUGGCUUCAUCUAUGAGAAGCUCAGCUACAGCAACGCAUCACCACUGAGAGACCCAGACUGCAGCCCUGCAGCAUCGCCGAGAGACCCAGACUGCAGCCCUGUGUCAGCAAAGAGAGACUCAGACUGCAGCCCUGUGUCUCCACAGAGAGACUCAGACUGCAGCCCUGCGUCUCCACAGAGAGACUCAGACUGCAGCCCUGCGUCAGCACAGAGAGACUCAGACUGCAGCCCUGCAUCUCCACAGAGAGACUCAGACUGCUGCCCUGUGUCAGCAAAGAGAGACUCAGACUGCAGCCCUGCGUCUCCACAGAGAGACUCAGAUUGCAGCCCUGCAUCUCCACAGAGAGACUCAGACUGCAUCCCUGCAUCUCCACAGAGAGACUCAGACUGCAGCCUGUCAGCAAAGAGAGACUCAGACUGCAGCCCUGCGUCUCCACAGAGAGACUCAGACUGCAGCCCUGCGUCUCCACAGAGAGACUCAGACUGCAGACCUGUGUCAGCAAAGAGAGACUCAGACUGCAGCCCUGCGUCUCCACAGAGAGACUCAGACUGCAGCCCUGCAUCUCCACAGAGAGACUCAGACUGCAGCCCUGUGUCAGCAAAGAGAGACUCAGACUGCAGCCCUGCGUCUCCACAGAGAGACUCAGACUGCAGCCCUGCAUCUCCACAGAGAGACUCAGACUGCAGCCCUGCAUCUCCACAGAGAGACUCAGACUGCAUCCCUGUGUCACCACAGAGAGACUCAGACUGCAGCCCUGCGUCUCCACAGAGAGACUCAGACUGCAGCCCUGAAUCUGCACAGAGAUACUCCGACUGCAGCCCUGCAUCAGCACAGAGAGACUCAGACUGCAGCCCUGCAUCUCCACAGAGAGACUCAGACUGCAUCCCUGCAUCUCCACAGAGAGACUCAGACUGCAGCCCUGCAUCACUGCAGAGAGGUGGGGACUGAGAUGACCCUGACGUCCCCAUGACCUUUCUGAAAACUUCACCCCUCACACAGAAUCAAAACCUGCCCUCUGCCUUUCUAACAGGAAGGAGAGGGGUUCAGCAGGAAGUCACAGCCUUUCUAACAGGAAGGAGUGGGGUUCAGCAGGAAGUCACAGUUUUUCUAACAGGAAGCAGUGGGGUUCAGCAGGAAGUGACAGUUUUUCUAACAAGAAGGAGUGGUUUUCAGCAGGAUGUCACAGCCUUUCUAACAGGAAGGAGUGGGGUUCAGCAGGAAGUCACAGCCUUUCUAACAGGAGAGAGUGGGGUUCAGCAGGAAGCCAAGGGGAUAAGGUGACUAAUAAUAGAAAUGGAUUCCUUGGUGGUGGCACCCCUCUCCUUUUUUUGUCCGAACAUGCAGUUUGGUUCAGUUCUCCCUUUAAAGAUGGCAUAACUUUAUGCUUCUUCCUUUUUCACUCUAACAUUAGCACUGGGCUGAAUGAGGGAUUUGUCCUGUUUGCUCAGAUCUGCAUGUGGACUUGUAUGAACUUUGCAGGAUGUUAUAAACUGUCAGGAUUCAUCAACUUGUUCAGUUUGGUUAAUCUUUUGUUGAUUGUUGUUUUGGAUUUGUAUCUUGGAUUGGGUUUGAUUGGUAAUACGGAAAUUAAAAUGAAAUGUGAUUGUAUGGGUCUUUUUUAAUGUGUAUCAUGUAUCAUGUUUGCAUUUGAUAAUAAAUAUGGAUCUCUUAUGCAUUCAUUUUCACAUUAAACAACACAUUUUCAUAAUGAUGGAAAUGGACUCGCUGUUUCUCAAGCUGCCUGAGAGUUUUGUUUGGGAAAACACCAGUUUUU